CCUUGGCAAUCGUUGCUAAGGCCUUGUGCAGGCACCGCCCCGCCCCACUUCGUGCGCGCUCUGACGUCACUUCCGCCGGCGACCCCUUCCCGACCCCGCUCCCCGCUACACGGUGUCGAAGGGUCGAAGCGACCCGCAGAGGUGCACACCUGCUCCUUUCUGGGGGCGUGGGUGCCUGGGGGCUGUCAUGGCCCCCAGUCACCUGUCUGUGCGGGAGAUGAGGGAAGAUGAGAAACCCGUGGUGCUGGAGAUGCUGAAGGCUGGUGUGAAGGACACGGAGAACCGAGUGGCCCUUCAUGCGCUGACGCGGCCGCCAGCCCUGCUCCUCCUGGCGGCGGCCAGCAGCGGCCUGCGCUUCGUCCUGGCCUCCUUCGCCCUGGCCCUCCUCCUGCCCGUGUUCCUGGCUGUGGCCGCCAUGAAGCUGGGCCUGCGGGCCCGGUGGGGCUCGCUGCCUCCGCCAGGCGGUCUAGGGGGCCCCUGGGUGGCAGUGCGCGGCUCUGGUGACGUGUGCGGUGUCCUGGCCCUGGCCCCGGGCUCCAAUGCUGGGGAUGGGGCCCGGGUCACCCGUCUUUCUGUCUCCCGCUGGCACCGCCGCCGAGGUGUGGGCAGGCGGCUGCUGGCCUUUGCCGAAUCCCGGGCACGAGCCUGGGCGGGGGGCAUGGGGGAGCCCCGGGCUCGGCUCGUGGUCCCGGUGGCUGUGGCAGCCUGGGGCGUGGCGGGGAUGCUGGAGGGCUGCGGCUACCAGGCCGAGGGGAGCUGGGGCUGCAUGGGCUACACGCUGGUGAGGGAGUUCAGCAAGGACCUGUGACUCCAGACCUGCACCAGGGAGGGAGGGAAACCAGCACUUAGUGAGCACCCACUGUGUGCAGGCACAUUCUCAUCCUCCCUCCGUGAACCCCAGCCUACCCAGGGCCUGGAAACAGGCCUGCUGAGGGCUGCAGACCCCACCACAGCCUGACGUCUGUCUGUAGUGUUUGAACUUCUCAGAGAGCUAAACCUGUGUAAUGCCCUGCCUCAGAUUCUGUCUGCACUGAGAAAUCUCCCCGGUCUUUCUGUCUGCAAAGCCUGUGCUGUUUGUGUAUGGGCCUGGGAGAGAGAUGGGUGGAGGAGAUGAGGCCCAGCGAGCCACCCCCCAAGGGUUAGGACUUGGGGUGGGGACACCCCAAACGGGGACAGGCCCCCCGGAAAUGGGGUGGGGUUUGAUACCUGUGCUUGGAGGGGAUGAGCUGAGCCUUUACGGGGGAGGGUUGUCUGCCCCAGGAGAGCACCCAAGGAGGAGGGGACAGGCACAGGGCUGCCUGCUGGCCCCUCCCAGGGAAGGUGACAGCUGAGAGGGGCGGCCAGACCCAUCUGGUUUUUUACACCCUUUUGUUAAUAAAGCCCGGACUGCUGUGCGCCGUC